AUGAGGAGCGAUCCGGUUUUUAGGGAGCGCUCUAGCGCGACUACUGUCAACACGGCUUCGUCUAAUGACGAAUUCCCUAACGACGACUUCUUCCGAGACGUCAACAACAUCUUCGGCAACCUCAACAUGGGAGACAACACCGACAAUGUUGUUGCUUCUGCCGCUACUCAAGCUGCACUAUAUGUAGCUGGUCAGGAGCAUGCAAUGGGAGGAUGGCUGAACCUGACGGCGCAGUUCCUGAAUUUAUGGGCGAUCCGGAUAGCAGUCCUUUCGAGCUUCGCCGCUCAUCUUGUCCUGAUCCUUCUCGCCGGGGUCCGUCGGCGUAAAGCUUCCGGUGGGCGGACGCUCCUGCUAUGGCUGGCGUACCAGCUGGCCAACUGGGCCGCAGUGUACUCACUCGGCAACCUGUCCUUCGGCAGCACGUCGCAGGAGCAGCAGCUUGUCGCUUUCUGGGCGCCGUUCCUCCUGCAGCAUCUCGGCGGCCCCGACAACAUCAGCGCCUACUCCCUGGAGGACAACGUGCUCUGCGGGCGCCAAGCGAUCAGUGUGGCCAUGCAGGUCGGGGGAGCAACCUAUGUUCUAUACAAGCACAUAUACAUGGGCGGCGGUGCCGGAGCUCUGCUCCCUGCGUCCAUCAUUAUCUUCGCUGUCGGUGUUGCCAAGUACGUUGAGAAGGCCUUGGCGCUACGGGGAGGCAACUUGGCCAACAUCCGGAGCUCAAGUAAGAAGAAGCAACAUAGCAGAUCGGCCUUGAUCACGACCCGAAGGGAUGAGCUGGACGAUGAGCGAGCCCUGGAGGUUGCUCACAACAUGUUCCCGUUCUGUCGGCGUGCCAUGGUCGAUUCUUCUGUCGACAUGAAUUCAUCUGACCUUGAUGCAAGCAGGAAAAUAUUUUCUUUCGGGUGGGAGAGUAUGUGCAAGGUGGUGGAGAUGGAGCUCUCCCUCAUGUACGACAUCCUCUACACCAAGGCAGGCAUGGUCCACACCUGGGGCGGCUACUUGAUCCGUUCCCUGUCGCCGCUCGCCACCGCCGUCGCAUUCUUCCUGUUCCUGUUCUACAGCAAAGACGGCCAGAGGAGAGCAGAUGUGAUUAUCACCUACGCCUUGCUGGUAGCCGCCUUCCUCCUGGAUAUUACAUGGCUUUUCAGGGCACUAGGGUCAACAUGGACGCGUGCUUUCCUGCAGGCCAGGCGACGGUCCUGGAUUCACCGUGCCGUUUUGAGCAGCGGGAGAUGGCGCCAGCUCCGUCAAGUCGUCGUGUCUAUGGAUCUGGGCCGACUUCUCCUUCCCACGGCUGCGCAUCCUCCGACUCAAAGAAGCUACAGAACCUGGACGGGCGCCGUCGGGCAGUACAACUUGCUGCACGAGGUCACCCGUGAUACGACGAGCCUACGCGGCAGAGCAGCCAAGAAGAUCGAACUGGAAGAGUCUAGAGGCGUUGAGCUUUCGGAUGAUGUCAAGAGGCUGCUGUUCGAGCGUGUACGGGAAAUACUCAAGUCGACAUACAAGGAUAGCAAGGAUCGGGAUGCAUCAUACUCCAUGAACGACAUCACGACAUACUGGGGUCAGGAUGCAGCAAGGAGGAGGCACAAGAAGCUAAAAAGAUUCCGUCUAGGCUUCGGCCGUGAAUUCCAGGAGGACAUCCUCGUCUGGCACAUCGGCACCCAGGUUUUCCUCUCAAGCAUCGACGGCACAAAUGCAGCCAAGACCACCCGUGCCAAGACCAUCAAGGUGCUGUCGGAGUACCUCAUGUUCCUCGUCGCCGUGCGCCGGCAGAUGCUGCCGGGCCUUGCGCUCCGCAGCCUGUACGAAGCAACCCUCGAUGUCUUGCAGGUCAUAUGGCGAGACGAGGCCGGCGCCGGUGAGAAUUCUACCACCGGAGAGAAUAGGCUUGCAAGGAUCCUGCGUAGCAAGACGGAUGCAGACCGCGGCUGGGGUCUUAAGCACGGCAAAACUCGUCUUGUCACCGACGGAGCAAAUAUUGCCUUGACGCUCCUCAGAGCCGAUCCGUCGGAGAUGCCAGAACUGCUGGAGCUCGUCUUUAACGUGUGGGUGGACAAGCUGCUCUAUGCGGGCACCCGAUGCAGCCGGGAGUCCCAUGCGAAGCAACUCAGCCGUGGGGGCGAGCUCACUACCAUCGUAUGGAUCUUGGCAGAACAUGCUGGGCCGUUUCAGAUCGGCCUACGAAGUCAAGACCAUGAGAAAUUAGCUGCCAAAAAACAAGAGGAGCCUAAGAAGAGCGAUGGAGUGUCCCUGGAACCACCAAAGCGUCGUCCCCCGCCGCCCAAAGGUGACAAACCUAAAGACAGCCGCGACGACCGCGACACGAUGACAGUGUACACUACGUUGUAUGGAGUGGACUGA